AUGACCGUCUUCAUACAGACCAUUACAUCUACUCCCAUGACCAGCGCUGGCCUCUUCCUAGCGCUCAUACUUAUUGUCUACUCUAUCUACCAACGAUAUCUACAUCCCCUUGCCAAAUACCCCGGUCCAUUCCUCGCAUGCCUGACCGACCUCUGGCAGGUCUACCAGUUCCUGACCCUCAAGCAGCCAUAUAACCUUACAGAGCUCCAUGCCAAGUAUGGACCAAUUGUCCGAUACGGACCAGACAAACUCAGCAUUACCCACGAAGGCGCCAUCCAAGCAAUCUAUCAGAAAGGUGGAAGAGGAAUGCCAAAGACAGAAUUCUACGACGCAUACGGCGCAGCUCAUCCGAAUGUAUUCGGUAUGCGGGAUGAAGAACAACACUCCAUCCGCAGACGCCAUAUGUCCCAUGGUUUUUCCAUGAGCUACGUGAAAGAGAUGGAGCAAUACCUGGAUGUGAAUAUUCGAAUUCUGAGAGAUAAGAUCAGGGAACAUAGCUCUCAUAAUAGAGCAUUUGACCUCAAAAAGGCUCUGCAUUAUUACGUGGUUGACGUCCUUGGUGAGCUGGCCUUCAGUCAAUCAUUCGGAAUUCAGGAGACGGAUGACGAGGCGCGAGUCCCGCCAGUCAUCGAACAUAGUCUGCUUGCGGCUGUUACUGGUGCCUGGCCUGCUAUGACGACAACACUGAAAAAAUAUUUUCCGCUUGUUCCAUACAAGCCACUUCAACAGCUCUUUGCUGGCCGCAAAGCUUGUGCCGAUCUCGCGUCGGAGUGUGUUCGACGCAGGUUGGGGGAUUUUGGUGGAAAUGGGAUGUCCAAAAGCGACGAUAGGAAGGAUAUCCUAACUAAUCUAAUAUUGGCUAAGCAUCCUGAUACCGGGGAACAUCUUACGCAGACGGAUCUUGAGACUGAGGCUUUUGGAUUCAUCAUCGCAGGGACACACACGACGAGCGCCACGACAACUCUGCUAUUUUACCACCUGCUUCAUAACCCUCGAUAUAUGGAGGAGUGCGUAAAGGAGAUUGAGACCAAUCUGCCUCCCCUUACAUACGGAGAGACAGCAUAUUCUGUAUCUGCCGCAGAAGCUGCUCUACCGUUCUUGCGCCACUGCAUAAGGGAGAAUUUCCGAAUUACGCCGGUCUUCACAAUGCCUCUAGCUCGGAGGGUCAUGAGUCCAACGGGUGUGAUGAUAGACGGGCAGCAUAUACCACAAGGGACAUCAAUCGCCGUCUGCAACCACGCAUUCCAUCACAACCCUGACGUCUGGGGUGAUGAUCACAACAUCUUCAACCCGUACCGAUGGGAGAACACUGAGAUUGCUGCCAAGGCACGGAUAUUAAUGCAUUUUGGCCUUGGUGGACGUCAAUGUAUUGGGAAAACCAUUGCAAUGACGAAUAUUUAUAAAAUUAUGAGCACAUUGUUAAGGGAAUUCAACUUCGAGCUUGCUGAUAAGCAGGCUCAGAGAAAGGGCAUACCUGAAUUGAUUAGUGUUGGGAUUAGCGAUCUGCAGGAGGCAUUGAUGGUCAGAGCACAUGUGCGGGUGCAAGAGAAGGUUUAG